UUCACCGAGAUAUUUUAGGUCACUAUCUGGAUUUGUAAAGUGUAAUUAGCAGUAUUUCUGAUCGAUACUUUUACUUUACGAUAUACAAGCGAUUUUUAUUUUAUUUAUCGCCCAGGAUAGUUUAGAAACCCGUCAAAUCAAUAUGCUAUCUUUAAUAAAUCAUUGUCAGUGGGGAUGUGGUUGAAAAUCAACAAAAUCAAUCUGAUUAAAACAAAAAACAAAACAAAAAAUCUCCCUCAAGUGUUGUCUUCCAUUAUUUAAACACGCGAAUUCUGUAUACAGCAACAGCACGAGCGUCGGGCUUGUGUGAUUGGCCAGAUUUACACCAGCCUCUUCUCGGUAGUUAAGAUAGCCCGUGAUCUGUGAUAGUUCUGUGAUUGUUAAGCUCCUUUCCCCGUGGCUGUAGACAGCGCCAGUACGUAGCGUGUUCAUCUGCUGUGUUGGUGCCAUCAACACGCUGCUCAGUGCUGGCAGACCGCGUAAACACUUCAAUUUUUAAUUCGAUUAUUCCCUCGGCAUGUAAAUGCCAGGGACGGAACGGAUUUGAUGUCUCAUAGCGUCUUCUUAAAGAAAUUUGCACGUUCAGAAGGAGCCCCCGGAGCUGGCUAAUCAUGUUUCUGUUUGGCAAAUUGUGGAGCUUUGAAACAAGACUGUUGGGGAAAUGGCAAUAUUGGCUUUAAGGUGAUCAUUAUGGGAAAAAGAUGCGGCGGAGCUGUCAAUAAAACGUGUAAAAAUGUGCUUCUAUUGAUGAGGAUUCCAAUUCGUGCGUGUUUGUGAUAAUUAAUUGGAACUGGCACAAAAGUACUUGAAUUAUUUAUAGUACAACACCCCGGCAAGGGAGCCCCUGAUUCUCCACUAUCUGUUGGAUGUAUUACACACAAGUUUAUCACAUUCAGUGGAGAUGCUAGACGCUUUACGAUCUCUUUUCAUAAUGUUAGUAACGUGUAUGUUUGUGUUCGCUUCUAUCGGCGGAAGUGCUGUGUCGGCCAUCUUUGAUAAGAACGGAUGUGCCUAUACGUUCAACGUUUGGCACCCGGAUGAGGAUAUACUAAGACAGGUGAAAGAUUUACAGGUGCAAUUUUCGAACUUUACAAAUUACGCCGAAGCUCAGGUUUCACGGAUUCAACGAAAUGUGAUUCACGAGAUGAGACAGUACGACAAUUCAACGUCGUAUCUGGAAUCCCAAAUCCUCCAGAUGAAUGUGGACAACAUGCAAGCCAAAUUGCAACACAACCAUCUAUCGGCUGAGGUAAAUAUUAUGAGACGAGACAUGGAAGACAUGAAUCGCAAAGUUGACGACCUCGAGAUGGAUUAUUUUAGUUUAAAAGCUCGUGGUCGGGAACCGAGGAACGAUUCGGUAAGGAAGGGACAUCGGUCGAUGAGUAAAGAUUUUAUUGGUAUGAUGAAAAACAGUGUUGGGGACCUCAAGGCAGAAUGGCUAUUGAUGAAGCGGGAGCUGGAUGACAUCAGAGGAGAAAAUUUGCAAUUAAAACAUGGACAGAACAACUUGAAAAACGAUACGUCGUCCCUGAGGCAGGUGAUGCGAUCUUUGUCUGGGGAGAUCCAGGCUGUGGAAGGUCGGGACUGGAGGGUCCCACAAAGCUCCCAGCACGUUCAAACUGAAAUGUCUGGUCUUAAGAGAGACCUGAAGCGAAUAAAAGACGACCAAAGCGAUCUAAAAUCUGACACGAAUGAAAUGAGGAACGAAAUAGCAACUUUACAUACAAGUAACAUCCGGGUACAAAAGGACUUGCACGAGCUGCAGCUCGAUAGUACGAGAUUCCGCGAGAAACUCGAGUCACUGAGACGAGAGGAGAGACGAGGAGGAGAGACCGAAGUUACCAGAGAAAGACUGGAAUCCAAUCUCCCCAGUACCGACGAUGUCGUACCGAGAGAUUGCCAUGAAAUAUACCAAGCUGGGUACCGAACGAGCGGACUCUACAACAUUCAAGCGAAGGGCGCCAGAUUGAUGACUGCGGUGUACUGUGAAAUGGUCAACAAGACUGGCUAUCUUGUCCUCCACCGUCGCAUAGACGGGCUCCUUAACUUCAACAGGCGUUGGUUGGAGUACAAACACGGCUUUGGUAACCCUUACGGCGAGUUCUACAUAGGCAACGAGUUAAUCCAUCUCCUUACCAAACAGAAGCAGUACAUCUUGAGAGUGGACAUGUGGGAUUGGGAGGGAAACAAGGCGUAUGCUGAGUACAGCGUCUUUACCGUCGAGGAUGAGAGCAGCCAUUAUCGUCUCCAUGUCAACGGUUACCGAGGAGACGCGGGUGACUCGUUGAAUUACCAUGACAACAUGGCCUUCAGCACGGAGGACGUUGACAACGACCUCCACACCCGGCACUGCGCGGCAGAGAACAAGGGAGGAUGGUGGUUCAACAGCUGCUACUCCAGCCAUCUGAACGGCGUCUUCCACACGGCGUGGUACUCGCAGUCACGCUCCAACUACGCCGACGGCGUGGUGUGGUACACGUGGAAGGAAUCAGAGUUCUACUCCCUGAAACAAGCGGAGAUGAAGAUAAGACCUAAGGUACCCUAGAUGGAAAGAGCGAGCGAAAGAACGUUAGAGAAAGAAUGAAGACUAUGACGUUCUGGCAAUUUUAACCACCCGUAGCCAUCAUGACAUUGAUGUCAAAUCGUUGUGUGCAGGUUUGUUGUGAGAAUGGCUUGAUGGAAAAAGAUAAUAUAUAAUUCGUUUGAAUUGCAAGUGGAAGAAAAUACUUUUGUUAGGGAAGUGAUCCUUUGUAGAAGGUAAGAUUGAUUAAAAGAUGAAAGAAAUUAUAUACAACUUUUAUAGGAAUGGAACUAUAAUUAGAAGAUGGUUUCCUGUAAUGAUGAUCACUGUAGCUUAGAACUAGUAAUUCUAAGGGAAUCUCAGAAGGUACUCGCGUCGUCAUGUAGCUUUGUAUAAACUGAAAGGCAACAGAAAGUAUACCGGUUGUUUUAUGUAAUUGAAAAUUGAAAGAACUGUUGUUAAAUUUGAUUAUUUUUAUUUAACCAUCAAUCAUCCCUGCAACAGUUUGUAGAAAAGAAAUCUGUGGCUGGGUAAUUUGGUGUAAACAUAGUCGGUAACAAAUGAACCACAUGACGCCUGCCAUGUUUGAAAUGUACAUUUGUGCCGAAAAACGCAAAUUUAUUGAUUUUCAAAGAUAAGAUGUCUAAGAUGUCAAUCAGCAGUUGUGUAUUAUGCGUAAAAAUGGAGAUGUAUUCUUUGAGUGCUGACUGGGCGCCAUUACACAUAAUUUUUUGGCAUAUAAUAUGGAUAACUUAAGUAAUUUUCAAUUGAAAAUCAAAGAUAUGGUGAAAUCAUCUGAGAGGUAUAGUUUCUUUUGCUCCUCAGUUUAUGGACCUAUAAUUCAGUUUUGUUAUUGUUUGGUUUGUCUUUUUUAACAUAAUAACAUACAGAUGUGCAGAUGUGCAUUAUACCUUUUGCACUACAUGAUUCUUUGUUUGCUAUGCUAUCAACUUUCAUAAUUUCAUACGCAUUAGGAUACACCAGCUUCGUUUAGUUUGUUUAGUUCGUUUACUUGGCGUACGUUUUCGAUCACGUAAAGGAGAUUGUUAGACUUUCACCGCCGGCAGACACGAAUAUUUGGGAUAAUGGCGUUAUUUUGUGUGUGUAUAUUUGUGACAUUAUCUGUCAUUUUUCACGAAUGAUAAUAUUGUGUACAUCAGUCUUUCUAUAAUAAUCCUUUGUGUAUUAAUCUGUUGAAGGGUUUCGAAAGCUUUCGCUCACUUUAUAGAAAGAAUCAUGUAUACACUAUGACGAUCAAUUCUACCUCUUUUAAAUAUUUAACAAGAUAGAAAAUGUGAAAUUUGACCUUUGAAAAUUUGACUGCAUGUUAACAUAAUAAUAGGCAUUAUUUGAUUUAAGAAAAUAAUAUAUGACAGUAGAACUCUAUUAGUUCGACACCGUGGGUCUUAAAGUCCGCUCUUCGGAGGAUAACCGUUGGGUUUGCCUAUACAUAUAUGUUAUAUAUCUUACCACAUUUGCAUUUUCGUUAAUCUGGCAACAGUACCACCCGAAUGAACUGAGUGUUUCUUUGCAUACCCAACUAUUAGUCUGGUCUUAACUGGGAAAGGGUGCACGGGUGGCCCAGUCGUCUAAGGCGCCGCGAUUCGCUGUGCAGAGUUGCGUCCCUUGGGCACGCCAGAAACCUAUGAUUGUGGGUUCGAAUCCCGGUUC